AUGGAUUACGAUGCGUACGACGCCUUGCUGCACCACAUCUUUAGACAGACCCAAGGAGAUGCCUGGUUCAAGCCCUCGGAGGAGAACAUCCACGCCGGCGUCUGCCUCCGAGUCGACAACGGUCUCUUCCGUGUCUUCCCGUACGAGAACCCCCACCUCGAGCCCUUCGAGGCCGCGGUCCGUUCCAUUAACCCUGUGGUCGCCGUCAAGAUCCGGAGCGCAGCCAUCCAUGCUGCACUCGCCACUGUACGGCCCGACGCGGACGCGAUCCACGUCGACGACAACACGCGGAUCCAGGUCGUCGACUCCAUGUACCACCUCUCGGGCGCCGACAAGGAGCAGUGCGGCGCGUUCAUCCGCGACGAGCGCGUGCUCGUCGUCUGGUCCUACCAGCUCGACUCCAUCAUCCCCACCUGCCGCGACUUCGAGGACAAGCUGAUCAAGCUCGUCUGGAAUCGCCGCUCCGCCAACGUCUCGAUGAUCUCCGUCGGCGACAUGGAGGACUCGUCUGGCGCGUCGGACGUCGCGCUCAACGAGAAGCCGUCCCAGGCGACGGAGACGAAGGAGGCCGCGGCCGCCGCGGAGGCUGCCACUUCGCGCGCGCAGAAGCCCAAGAAGACGCGCUUUUGGGGGCUUGCGUACUUCGUCACCGACAAGGACGACAUCGAGAAGACUGCGGAGGGCCCGUCGCCGCGCCCCGUGAAGCUCUUCGCGCCCUUCUACAACGGUCUGGGGGUCGCUUUGUCUUUCUUCUUCAUCGCGACCGGUAUCUCUGUCUUGCUGCAGGAGUCGUUGCUGGACGGCUCGUGGACUCGGUGGGGUCUCCUUGCUACCACGCCGUUCCUCUUCUGCGUGUCGCUGUUCUUCUGUUGUCAGAUCAUCAGCACGGUGUCCUUCUGCAUUGGCCCGGUUGCGCAUUACCACCAGAACUCGAAGUACUACUCCGCCAUCAAGCCCGCGCCGAACAAGGCCGUCGACACCAAUCUGCCCCACAUAACCAUCCAGAUGCCCGUGUACAAGGAAAGCCUAACUGAGACUAUCGCGCCCUCGGUGUACUCGCUCAAGAAGGCCAUGCAGACCUAUGCGCGCCAGGGCGGCACCUCCUCCAUCUUCAUCAACGAGGACGGCAUGCAGCUUCUCUCCGAAGAGGAACGCCAGGCGCGCAUCGCCUUCUACGCAGACCACAACAUCGGCUGGGUCGCGCGCCCGGCGCACAGCGGCGCCCCCGACGGGUAUAAGCGUGCCGGUCGCUUCAAGAAGGCGUCGAACAUGAACUUCGGCCUCGACCUCUCCCUCAGGCUCGAAAAGCACCUCGCGUCGCUCGAGGCGCUUCAAGCUGCGGGCGGCCUCCCGACGCCCCCGCGUGCCGACCGCGACUCCCAGGACGCCGCCUCUGCUCACGGUCCCGAAGAGAGCCUCGAGGACCGCGCGCUCGCGCUCGCGAUCGAGGAGGUCGCCGCGGAGAGCGACGGGCGCUGGCGGCCGUGGGCCGCGAACGGGCGCUCGCUCCGCGUGGGCGAGGUCAUCCUCAUCGUCGACUCGGACACGAUCGUCCCCGAAGACUGCCUGCGCGACGCCGCGCGCGAGCUCGCGGAGUGCCCGGACGUCGCGAUCAUCCAGCACGAGUCGGACGUGAUGCAGGUCGCGCACCACUAUUUCGAGAACGGCAUCGCGCACUUCACGCGCCGGAUCAACAAGUGCAUCUCCAUGGGCUGCGCGAACGGCGAGGUCGCGCCGUUCGUUGGGCACAACGCCUUCCUCCGGUGGAGCGCGCUCCAGGACGCGGCGUUCAUCGACGAGGCGGACGGGAAGAAGAAGAUCUGGUCCGAGGCGAACGUGUCCGAAGACUUCGACAUGGCGCUCCGCUUGCAGCUCUCGGGCUACAUGAUUCGUUGGGCGACGUACUCUGACGGCGGCUUCAAGGAGGGCGUGUCUCUGACGUGCGACGAUGAGCUCAACAGAUGGCAAAAAUAUUCGUAUGGUUGCAACGAGCUCAUCUUCCACCCGCUCAUCGAAUGGUGGCGCAAGGGCCCGAUCACUAAGCAGCUUCGCACGUUCCUCUGGUCUGGGGCUCCGAUGCACUACAAGAUCAGCAUGAUGGCCUACAUGUUCUCGUACUACGGUCUCUCGGCGUCUGCGCUACUCUCCGUCGUCAACUACUUCCUCCUCGGGUGGGACCUCCCGGUGGACGGCUACUACGAGCACAGUUUCGAGAUCUGGCUGGCGUGCACCGUCGUUUUCCCGGGCGCCGGUAAUAUCGGCUUCACCCUCCUCGAAUACCGCCUGGGCCAGCGCAACAUCCUCGCGUCGCUCGUCGAGAACCUCACCUGGGUCCCAUUCUUCUUCUUCUUCUUCGGCGGCCUGAGCAUCCACCUCUCCCAAGCCCUCCUCGCCCACCUCUUCUCGUACAACAUCACCUGGGGCGCGACGAAGAAGGAAGUGGAACGGUCCAACUUCUGGCUGGAGGUGCCGAAGAUCCUCAAGCGGUUCUGGAUCUCCUUCGUCCUCAGCUUCGCCAUUUGCAUCGUCAUGAUCAUCCUCACCACGGACCUCGUCCCCGUCGGCUGGCGCAUCUUCAGCUUCGAUUGGGCCGUGAUCGUGCCCCUCGCUAUCGUCGCCGGCUGCCAUAUCGCGUAUCCGAUCGUUCUCAAUCCGUGGUUCAUGAUUUUCUCUUAUUAA